AUGAAUGAAUAUGAUCAAGGGAAGAGAUUUCCCUAUCCUUAUCAAGAUGGUGGCAAUGCCAAUCAUGAAAGUAAUAAAUUUUACAAAAUUACCAGUAUACAAUGUCAUGAUGAAACUUUUCGAUCCGAUCCUUUUGAUGAGUUUGGACCACAUACAAGGAAAUUUGUUCAUCCACUAGUAGAGAAUUGUAUUGAAAUUAAAGUACCACUCCCAAUGAGUGAAAAGUUAAUUCCAUCAGCUUGUUACUAUUCAAUCUAUGAAGAGGUGGAUGUUUUUUCAAAGGUAGUGAUGGCUCCGAAACGAUCAAAGUGGGAAUCAGCAUCAAUUCGACCUCCUAUUACGUAUUUCCUACAGGAGGAUCGAUUUAUUGAUGAUGAAUAUGUGGUUCAGGUCCACACAUUUAAUGGAUUUUCGACUCUCUUUACAUCGUAUGGAAGGUUUGCUUUUGAAAUGGAUAGUAAUCAUAAUAUUUAUUUUGUCGAUUAUUUGGAUGAGGAAAAGAGUGAAAAAUUCAGGGUACAGCAAUUUGUACAGGUAUUUGCUGGAUUUAAAUUAUUCUAUUGUAUUUCUAAUAAUUAUUUGUAUAGUAUUGAAAGAAUACAGCAUGAAAUUGUUAUAAACAAAUCACCUGUUAAGGAGAAAGUUUCAAAGUUAUUAGCAUUGGACUCGGGUAUUAUAUUUAUUCAGACACUUGCAGGAGAUUGGAUAUUUCAAAACAAAGUUCCAGAAACACCAUUCUCAUUUCUCAAGUCAAAACAGGACUUCUCAAAAUUGGAUAUUCAUUUAUUGUUAGGAUUAAAACCUAAAACUCAGAAGAAAAAGUCACUAUUUAACGAUAAUCAAUUACCUCAAUGCAUUGAGAUUGUUGGAAAUGGAAUUAAUUUUAUUGGAUUUUUACUUCAAGACUACUCACUUUAUAUUUCGCCUCUACUAUUUGAGAAAUCAAAAAAGAAGAUAUGA